AUGAGUCCAUCUUUCACUGCAACAUGUGUUCUUCCGCUGAUGCUGCUACUACUAGUUGUUCAUAUGACAACAGUAGUUGAGUCGUCUAACCCACCUAAAAAGAUAACGGUUCGGAUCACCAACACUUUGGAAGACAACCUGGACCUCACAGUUCGUUGUAAAUCCAAGGAUGACGAUCUCGGCGAGCACCUGCUGCAUCCGGGGGAGACAUAUGAAUUUAGUUUUGGACGAAACUUUUUUCAGGCGAGCACACUAUUCUUCUGCGGAUUUCGAUGGCCUGGGGAUCCCAAACUUCACUAUUUUGACAUCUACUCUCAAAAAAGGGAUGAAUGUAGCAAAUGCUUUUGGACGGUUAAAAAAGUUGGCCCGUGUUUGUAUGGUCAGUGCUUUCUGUGGCAUGACUCAUAA